AUGUCGGGAUUCCAGAGAGUUGUAGACCGGGCCUGUGACAUAUUCCUGGAGGGGCCUGAUUUCCUAGAGAGCCAGGGGGUUGUUCUUUCCUCUCUUGCAGUCCAAGAGUCCAUCAGGAUCGUGGUGCAGCCCGAAUCUCAGGUGGUUACAGAAGGGACCCGAGCGUCUUUCAGCUGCUGGGCGACGGGGCCCCCGGGACUCAGCUACCAGUGGUUCUGUGGGAAGCAGGAGGUGCCUGGUGCCACCUCCCCUGAGCUGGUGAUUGACCCAGCCACUCUAGAGACUCCGGAUUGGUACAUCUGCCGCGUUAACCACAGGGCCAGCUUCGCGUUCUCCAGGUGGGCCCGGCUCCAGGUCAAGCGGAGCAGCAGCCCUGCCUCAGCAAGCGGCUAUUGCCCAACAAUGGUGGGACUGCAGAUCCUCUGUCAGCCCCAGCCCUGCAACUUGGACGAAGGGGACUCCCUCCAGCUGCGGUGCGUGGCCAUCGGGAACCCACCGCCCCAGUACCAGUGGUUCCGAAACGGGAGUCCGAUUGAGGGGGCGCGGAACUCCCACCUCCAGGUGAAGCUGGUGACAACCGCGGAGAGAGGCCGCUAUGCCUGCAAGGUGUUUAACCUCUUCCAGGAGCUGUGGAGCCAGGACACGGUGGUGGAGAUUGGCCCACAGCUGUUUGCCUCCGGAGGCUCCUGGCGGGAGGAGGACGCAGGGAGUGCCCCAGAGCACAACGGCCCCAGCCAGCUGUAUGCCACAGACAAAGUGGCCCUGCUGAUGGGCAACAUGAACUACCUGCACCACAAGCACCUGAAAGCACCCAUGGUGGACGUACACGAACUGACCAACCUGCUGCGCCAGCUGGAUUUCAAGGUGGUCUCCCUGCUGGACCUGAGCAAGGACGAGAUGCAGAUGGCCGUCAACGAGUUCCUUCUCCUCUUGGACAAAGGAGUGUACGGUUUGCUCUACUAUGCUGGCCACGGCUACGAGAACUUUGGAAACAGCUUUAUGGUUCCGAUUGACGCGCCGAGAUCCUACACCUCGGAGCACUGCCUGUGCGUGCAGAGUGUGCUGAAGAGCAUGCAGCAGCGGCAAACCGGCCUCAACAUCUUCCUGCUGGACAUGUGCCGCAAGAGGAACCUGAACGACGACAUCAUCCCGCAGGUGGGGGCGCUGCAGGUCACAGCCAACAUUGUCUUCGGCUACGCCACGUGUGCGGACGCAGAGGCCUACGAGCUGAGCCAAGGGGAACUGUUCAACGGCAUCUUCGUGAGCUUCCUGAAGCGAUGGCUGCUGGAGGAGGAGAAGAUCACGGUGCUGCUGGACAAGGUGGCGGAAGACAUGGGAACCCUGGAGAUCACCAAGGGCAGGCAGGCGCUGGAGCUGCGGAGUAACCUGUCCGAGCGACGAGCCCUCACUGAUCCAAUUAAACCGUCCGAGGGCCCAGAGGAGUUCUCUGUCAGGAACCUGCAAUGGGCCAAGGCCCAUGUGCUUCCCGAAAGCCGAUACCUCCAGUUCGACUGCGGGGCUCGGGUACAGCUGGGCUUCGCUGCUGAGUUCUCCAACAUCUUGAUCAUCUACACCCGCAUCGUCAAGAUGCCGCAGGAGAUCACACGGUGUGAAGCAAAACUCACAGAUGUCCCGGAGGAGCUGGAUGUGGAUUUGAAAUUUACCAACAAGGAGAGCCCAGAGGAAAUGGGGAGCAGCCUCUCCCUGGCCUGGAGCCUCAAUUUCCCCGAGUGUUGCCUCUACAGCCGCCUCUGUGGCCUGCAGAAGCUGAGG